UAUGGAUGACUCUACAUCCAUCCAAGGGUCUUCUUGGGUCGAUUGUUACCUUGAUGAGCAGAUGUUGAAGGUGAAGGGUCGCCAGAGACUCCAUGAGAUCGAGCAGGAAGUUCAUAGAGAGCUGAGCGUGACACUAAGCCAAUGUCACCAGUCCCCAGGAGAGGUAGCCAUGGAGGGGCAGCAGCUCCUGACUGACAAGGCCAAGCCAUGGGUUACUUCCCAUGAGCAUCUUGGUUCUGCAGCUCUGAUGAAUGGCGACACAGCAGGUAUGCUCUCAGAGAAACAGGCCCAACCUGAGAUCAGGUCAGAUGAGAUGCUCCAGGUGGAGUUCCUCAGCCAGACCCAGGUGGAGAUUCCACAGGAGGUCAGGGAGGUCAUGGACAGCCUGCUGGACAAGGUGGCGGAUGGAGAAGCCCAGGAGAAGAAGGCUGAGGUCUUCAAGGCAAACCUGAUCCCCUAUCCCUCCUCAUCCUCAGCAGUCAAUGUCAUGAAGGUCCUGGAGAGCCAGGUAGACAAGGAGAAGAAGGUUGAGGUCCUUGACCUUAGCACCUGUCCCAUACUCCAAACGGCCCUUACAGACAUUGAGACCACGAUGAAGACUGCAUACAAGACCAUGCCAAAGCAGAUUGUGGUACUUGGUUCUACCAUUAAGCAUAUCAUCACCCAGGUGCUUCUUCAAGUAGAUCCCCAAGCCUUUCAGGAGGGAGUCUAUUUGGAGACACCUGUUAUCAUCAACAACACCAAAGCUCUUCUGUGGUCUAUUCCCUGGGUUCAAGUAACUGAGGAUGAGGAGAUGUCUAACACUCAGCAGUCCAUUGAUGCUUAUGAGGUGGCCAAGGCUGUUAUCAACAACCUGGAGGAGGUGCUAGGCCCAAAACCUGUGUUGGCGAGAGCACUGGGAAUCAGGUCACACAUCUUGACAAGGUACAUUGUUCAUCUCACAGUGUUGCACAUGCAGAGUGCCAUGAUACAUCAGUUUGGCACAACAAUCAAGAUAAAAAAACUGGUUGCCAUGAAGGACCCGGUGAUCAUCUCCACCAUCCCCAGUGCUAUCUGUGAGGGGAUCCUAAUGGUGUACAAGGGCAUUAGUGACACCUAUCCGCUUCAAGUCCUCGGCCCACAGCGUCCAAUUGCCAGGAGCUGCGAAGAGGCAAUGGAGAGCAAGCUCUUUGCAGUAGCCCUACCCGAGGACCUUAGGAAGACCAUCUACAAUCACUACGGGUCCCAGGUCGGGAAACUGGCACUGUUCCAGAAGGCUUUCCCUUUGAAUGACCACAUCAAGUUGGAGUACAUCCACCGUGUUUCUCUGCCUCGUUCCUCCAACAGAGAUGCAGUCUGGAUCGACCCCAAAUACUUUGUCGGGGACGACGAUGAGGAGGUUGUAACAUCAAGCAACACAGUCCCCGUUAAUCCUCUUACUCUCGACGUCAGUCAGGCUGCCUUUUUGAAGCAGUUCCCACAGACUGAUGUUUUCGAGUCAACCACAAAGGACUGUGGAAAGCCUGUGCAAGACCAGGCUCGAAGGAGGCAGAGAGGAACAAACAAGGACUGUGGAAAGCCUGUGCAAGACCAGGCUCAGAAGGAGGCAGAGAGGAACAAACCAAAGGUGACAAACCUUGAUAUUGUUCCUGUUAGUCUUGUCAGGAAAGUCUUUGACUCUGUCUUCCCAGAUUCAUGCACAAUCAAGCAGCAGUACGGUUCAUGGGAAGACGUCCCACUUUGCAAUGAUAUGGUAGAGCACAUAGAUAUCCAGGUUCAGAAAGAGGCACUGAAAUACCAAAACCAAAGACUGUUCUUACGCACUCUGAAGAAGCUCAACGAUGAGCCAGACAAGAUGGCCACAUUCUUAGAAGACGUCUCACUCUCUAUCAGGAGCAAGUACUUCAGGACUUUCCGUGAGUGGCCAUUGGUUAAAGCCCAGCUAUACCCAGACAUACGGUCUCUGCUGGUCUGCGAUAUCAUGGUCCGAGAGAUCAUGGCUCAACUGAGGCCUACCUUGACCUUCGCCAAGGACACCAACAAGGGUGAUGACCGGCCAUACUGCAUCAACAUCCCGGUCAAGAGAGAGACCAGCUGUCCAGAUAAUACAGACAAGACCAAGCUGGAGCUUUGCAUUGAGAAAGCCAGUGCUGACAGAAUGAAGGAACUCCUCCUUGAGAAUGAACCCGAACCCUUCUGGAUGAAGGGCAAUGAUGGAGGAGGAAAGUAA